UUGGAAGCCAUCAAGCAGCGCAAUCGACUCUUGGAAGAAAAGAAUGCAAUCUUGGAGGCGAACAAACCUUCUCGCAAAGCCUCCAAGGCACCCUCCCAGCUUCUAGCAUUUGACGAGGAAGUGAAGAUGUUCGCUAAGAAGUAUGGCAUCAUGUACGAGAUG